UUCAUUCCAAUAGUUGUGCAGCUGGAGACAGGAGUUGGUGGAAAAGCUAGCGGUUACCUCGUCUAAGUUACAUGUAGCGCGUGUUGGUCGCAGUUAUUCUGGGUCACAAUGUCACUCACAAACUGUGCUGAGCGGUUUAGCUGUCGCUAGUGUAGCCUCCGCUGUCAUGGACUACCAAGAAGCAGACAUUGAGUCUCUUACAUUUGCGAAAUAUCUUCGGCACAACAUGAAGUUCGGCGUCCUGCUGUCGUUUCUUCUCGUGUUCUCGGAGCUGUCUGGACCUGGACUCCUCCUGGCUCGGGCCGAACCGACACCCAGCCCAGCGAAAACUUUGGUGUGGGGACCAGGACUGGAAACCAACGUUGUCCUGCCUGCCAGGUUUUUCUACAUUCAAGCAGCGGAUUCUUCGGGAAGAAAUUUGACCUCCUCCCCUGGCGACAAGACUUUCGAGGUGAAGAUUGUGAGUCCGUCCGAGCAUUUCACCAGGAUUUGGAUCCAAGUCCUGGACCGCCAGGAUGGGUCCUUCCUGGUCCGCUACAGAAUGUAUGCCAGCUACUCUGACCUUCAAGUCCAGAUUCUUCUCCAGAAAAAACAUGUUGCCAAGUCGCCGUACACGCUUAAAGGUCCAGUCUACCACGAAGGCUGCAACUGCCCGCAGCCUAGUGUCCGUGUGUGGGAGGCCGACAUGCACUGCCCUCCGUCCUUCCCUCAGAUAGACAAGGACCUCUCCCAAUACUCCUCUGUCGAUCCUGAUCGCAACGCCCAGGAGAUACCGCAGCGAUUUGGCCAUCAGCAAAGCCUCUGCCACUACACCGUGAAAGACAAUAAGGUCUACGUCAAAACAUUGGGCGAACAUGUCGGCUUCCGGAUUUUCAUGGACUCUAUCCUCUUGUCACUCAGUCGGAAGGUGAGGCUACCUGACGUGGAGUUUUUCGUCAAUCUGGGCGACUGGCCUUUGGAGAAAAGGAAACAGUCGGAUAAGAUUCACCCCAUCUUCUCCUGGUGUGGAUCCAACAUCACGCGGGACAUCGUGAUGCCGACCUAUGACCUCACAGAGUCAGUCCUGGAAACCAUGGGAAGAGUGAGCUUGGACAUGAUGUCGGUGCAGGCCAACACCGGGCCACCGUGGGCAGAGAAGAACGCCACUGCAUUCUGGAGGGGACGGGACAGUCGGCAGGAGCGCCUGGAGCUGGUGAAGCUCUCGAGGGCGCACCCCGACGUCCUCGACGCCGCCUUCACCAACUUCUUCUUCUUUAAACACGAUGAGAGUCUAUACGGGCCGCUUGUCAAACAUGUCUCUUUUUUUGACUUUUUUAAGUACAAGUACCAAGUUAAUAUCGAUGGCACCGUUGCGGCAUAUCGCCUGCCGUACCUUCUGGCCGGAGACAGCGUUGUUUUAAAGCAGGAGUCUGGCUACUAUGAGCAUUUCUACGGUGGCCUGCAGCCGUGGGUUCACUACAUCCCGAUCAGGGCUGACCUUGCCGACCUGCUGGAUAAGGUCCAGUGGGCAAGAGACCACGACAACGAGGCGAAGAAAAUCGCCCUGGCUGGCCAACAAUUUGCACGUAACAAUCUCAUGGGAGAUUCAAUAUUUUGUUACUACAUCAAACUGUUUCAGGAGUAUGCCAAACUGCAAGUGACGGAGCCAAAGAUCCGAAAGGGCAUGACGCUUGUAGAGCAGCCCGGUGACGACCUGUUCCCGUGUCACUGUCACCGACCAGAGCUGACAAGGGACGAACUUUAACCCAUCAAGAAGUCAUGCAGCAUUCCACAGUUUUUCUUUGUAUAGUGCCAUUAAAAAAAUAAGUAUUCAUCUUGUUUUUAAUAUGAUAAUAAAGUUGUAUUUUAAAUAAAUGUGUUUCCUAU